GUGAAGGUGUUGUGUGGAUGAACAGAGUCGAGUGCAGAGGGACUGAGAUUCACCUGUGGGACUGUCCUCAUGUCCUGAAAAAUCACACUGACUGCUCACACAAAGAACAAGUUAGACUCAUCUGUGCAGACUCGUCAGUGUCUACAACUCCUGCCACAACAACAACAUCAGCUUCUCCUUCAGUUUCUCAGACAAACAGGAGAUCAGUGACUCCUCCACAAACUCCUCCUCUCUUCAAUCCUCCAGUGGUUGUGAUUGUACUGGGAGUUUUGCUCUUACUGCUCUUAGUGCCGCUGCUGAUACUGAUUCAACACAACAGAGAGAUGAGGAGAGCUCUCUCUAAGAGGAGACACAGGACUCAGACUGAAGCAGUUUAUGAAGAGAUUGAUCACAGACACACAAACACACACAAACACUUCACUCAGAGAGAGGACAUCCUAGAUGAUUAUGAUGAUGUCAUCAUUAUUGGACAGAGUUCUCGAGCUGUAACAGAGGACAUUCAUGAGGAGUAUGAUGAUGUGAAAAAUAUCAGUGCAAAUGUGAGAAAUUUGUUGGAAAGGAGGAGUCAACCAAAGAUGGAGGUUUAAUUCAAUAAGCACAACCAAUGAUUCUGUUCAUUAAAUCAUUACAGUCAUAGCCGCUACUUUAUUAAAA